ACUUAACCUAACACCCUUCAAUUCCAAAGUUUGAUAAAACCAAAAUCUUGCAUAUAUAUUUAUUGCAACACACUUUCCCCCUUUCACUUGUAAACCCUAGCAGAGCUCUCUGUCUCCUCUGAUCUUUCAUCAAUAAAUUCACCAAGAUAUUUGUCCAACUUUUUGUGGUUCGAUCGAAGAAGUUUGAAGCUUUUAAGGAUUAUUAUCAGUGAUCGUAAAUUGUUAGGAAGCCUGUGAAUAUGGAUCAACAAGAUCACGGGCAGGCACCAAAUAUGGGAGCAGUUGGCGGCUCAGCUCAGAUGCCAUACGGAUACCCACCACAAAAUCAAAUGAUGGGGCCCGGCCCGCCAGCAGGUCAAUCCGCACAGUCUGUCGGUCAUCCUUCACCUCCAGCUCAGCUCGCACAACAGCAACUCGCCUACCAGCACAUCCAUCAGCAACAGCAGCAGCAACUGCAUCAACAGCUUCAAAACUUCUGGGCAAAUCAAUACCAAGAAAUCGAACAAACAACCGAUUUUAAAAACCACAGUCUACCAUUAGCCAGGAUCAAGAAAAUCAUGAAGGCUGAUGAGGAUGUAAGGAUGAUAUCAGCUGAAGCCCCGGUCAUAUUCGCACGCGCGUGUGAAAUGUUUAUCCUUGAGUUGACUCUAAGGUCUUGGAACCACACUGAAGAGAACAAAAGGAGGACGCUUCAGAAAAACGAUAUUGCGGCUGCGAUCACAAGGACUGAUAUCUUUGACUUUUUGGUUGAUAUAGUACCACGAGAGGAUUUAAAGGAUGAGGUGCUUGCGUCGACAAUACCGAGAGGUGGGCCGGUUGGGGCUCCAACUGAGGGUCUUCCUUAUUACUAUAUGCCUCCGGCACAUCCUCCUCCACAGGUGGGUGGUUCGGGUAUGUAUAUGGGUAAGCCUGUGGAUCCUCAAGCCCACCUUUAUGGGCAGCAGACUAGUGCGUAUAUGGCUCAGCCUCUUUGGCCACAACAGCAACAAGAUCCACAGGGAGACGCGUAAACCAAGGAUAGGUUACUGGUGAGAAGCUUUUGGUGAUACUUGAAGUUUCAUAAGAUCAUUGUACCAUGGUUGGAAGACAAUGGGCUUUUGGGUUGAACUUGUAGUGUGUUGUGUGUUCAGUUUCCUUAAAUUAAUCUAGGGUUAUAAAAAAGGCCAUUUUUAACUGGCUUGGAUUGAGCAUCACUUGUAUGUACUUUGAUGAAACAACCUCUUUAUGCACUUGUAUAUUUGUGAUGCUUGAACUUCAAAAGCUCACUUCAUGCCUCUAAUACUUAGGCAUGUGAUUUCCAGUUCAA